CGCCCUACCCAUCCCAUGAUGUCCGAAGAAACCCCACAGAUCAAAAUGGCCAAGGCCAAGGAAAAGUUGAGAGACGCUCAUCCCCAGGCCAACCCUCGUGUUGGUACAGGAGCAAGCGACGCCAAAAAGAAGAACAUAAAUAAUGGCGCUAACCCUGAGACAACCACUUCUAGUGGUUGCCACUCACCAGAGGAUGAAACGAAGGCAAGCCACCAACAUCAGGAUGCCCUAAGGAGGGAGCUAGAGGCCCAGGUUCAUACCACACAAAUCCUUACAUUUCAGAAAACGGAGCUUCAGACGGCACUCUAUUACAGCCAGCAUGCUGUCCAGCAGUUGCAAGGAGAGACCAGGGAUCUGGUGUGCCGCCUCCAUGAAUCAUGGAAGUUUUCCAGAGAAUUAGAGUGGGCCCUCUCUGAUAUCACCACACAGAAGAGGAAGGCAGACAGGUACAUCGAGGAGUUAACGAAGGAGAGGGACGCCCUGAGUCUGGAACUGUACAGGAACACCAUAAUCGAUGAGGAGCUGAAGCAGAAAAAUAUCAAAUUAGAAGAAAAACUUCGACUUCAAGAGACUCAAAAGACUGAGAUCCAGCUCAACGUAAAGGAGCUAGAAAGGAAGCUGGAGAGGGCCAAGCUCCUGCUGCCACAGCAGCAGCUGCAGGAGGAGGCUGACCACCUGGGUAAGGAGCUUCAGAGUGUGUCAGCAAAGCUCCAAGCCCAGGUGGAAGAGAACAAGUUGUGGAACCGCCUGUACCAGCAACAGGAAGAGAAGAUGUGGAGGCAGGAGGAGAAGAUACAGGAGAGAGAGGAGAAGAUACAGGAGCAGGAGGAGAAGAUACACGAGCAGGAGGAGAAGAUAUGGGAGCAGAGGAGACGAUGCGGGAACAGGAGAGAGAUGAUGCGGGAGCAGGAGGAGAAGAUGUGUGAGCAGGAAGAGAAGCUGUUGGAGAAGGAGGAGAAGAUGUGUGAGCAGGAGGAGAAGCUGUGGGAGAAGGAGAAGAAGAUGCGGGAGCAGGAGGAGAAGAUGUGGAGGCAGGAGAAGAAGCUACGGGAGCAGGAAGAGAAGAGAGAGAUGAUGCAGGAGCAGGAGGAGAUGUGGAGGCAGGAAAAGAUACAGGAGCAGGAGGAGAAUAUGCACAAUCAGGAGGAGAAGAUACGGGAGCAGGAGGAGAAGAUACACGAGCAGGAGGAGAAGCGGAGGCAGGAGGAGAAGAUACAGGAGCAGGAGGAGAAGAUACGGGAGCAGGAGGAGAAGAUACACGAGCAGGAGGAGAAUAUACGAGAGCAGGAGAAGAAGAGGCAGGAGCAGGAGGGGAAGAUGUGGAGGCAGGAGGAGAAGAUACAGGAGCAGGAGGAGAAGAUACAGGAGCAGGAGGAGAUACAGGAGCAGAAGCAGAAGAUACGGGAGCAGGAGGAGAAGAUACAGGAGCAGGAGGAGAUGUGGAGGCAGGAGGAGAAGAUACAGGAGCAGGAGGAGAAUAUACACAAUCAGGAGGAGAAGAUACAGGGCAGGAGGAGAAGAUACACGAAGGAGGAGAAUAUACGAGAGCAGGAGAAGAGGCAUGAGCAGGAGGAGAGGAUACGGAGGCAGGAGGAGAAAAUGUGGAGAGCAGAAGAUAGAGAGCGGGAGCAGGAGGAGAAGAUACAGGAGCAGGAGGAGAUGUGGAGGCAGGACGAGAGAUACAGGAGCAGGAGGAGAUAUGCAAAUCAGGAGGAGAAGAUACGGGAGCAGGAGGAGAAGAUACAUGAGCAGGAGGAGAAUAUACGAGAGCAGGAGAAGAAGAGGCAGGAGCAGGGGAAGAUGCGGAGGCAGGAGGAGAAAAUGUGGAGCCAGGAGGAGAAGAUACAGGAGCAGGAGGAGAAGAUACGAGAGCAGGAGCAGAAGAUACGGGAGCAGGAGGAGAAGAUACAGGAGCAGAAGCAGAAGAUACGGGAGCAGGAGGAGAAGAUACAGGAGCAGGAGGAGAUGUGGAGGCAGGAGGAGAAGAUACAGGAGCAGGAGGAGAAUAUACACAAUCAGGAGGAGAAGAUACAGGAGCAGGAGAAGAAGAUACACGAGCAGGAGGAGAAUAUACGAGAGCAGGAAAAGAAGAGGCAUGAGCAGGAGGAGAGGAUGCGGAGGCAGGAGGAGAAAAUGUGGAGCCAGGAGGAGAAGAUACGGGAGCAGGAGGAGAUGUGGAGGCAGGACGAGAAGAUACAGGAGCAGGAGGAGAAUAUGCACAAUCAGGAGGAGAAGAUACGGGAGCAGGAGGAGAAGAUACAUGAGCAGGAGGAGAAUAUACGAGAGCAGGAAGAAGAGAAGCAGGAGGAGCAGGAGGAGAAGAUGCGGAGGCAGGAGGAGAAAAUGUGGAGCCAGGAGGAGAAGAUACGGGAGCAGGAGGAGAAGAUACGGGAGCAGGAGCAGAAGAUAUGGAGGCAGGAGGAGAAGAUAUGGGAGCAGGAGAAGCUGUGGGAGAAGGAGAAGAUGAUGCGGGAGCAGGAGGAGAAGAUGUGGAGGCAGGCGAAGAAGCUACGGGAGCAGGAAGAGAAGACGUGGAGGCAGGAGGAGAAGAUACGGGAGCAGGAGAAGAAGAUCUGGGAGAAGGAGGAGAUGAUGCAGGAGCAGGAGAUGUGGAGGCAGGAAAAGAUACAGGAGCAGGAGGAGAAUAUGCACAAUCAGGAGGAGAAGAUACGGGAGCAGGAGGAGAAGAUACACGAGCAGGAGGAGAAUAUACGAGAGCAGGAGAAGAAGAGGCAGGAGCAGGAGGGGAAGAUGCGGAGGCAGGAGGAGAAGAUACAGGAGCAGGAGGAGAAGAUACAGGAGCAGGAGGAGAAGAUACAGGAGCAGAAGCAGAAGAUACGGGAGCAGGAGGAGAAGAUACAGGAGCAGGAGGAGAUGUGGAGGCAGGAGGAGAAGAUACAGGAGCAGGAGGAGAAUAUACACAAUCAGGAGGAGAAGAUACAGGAGCAGGAGGAGAAGAUACACGAGCAGGAGGAGAAUAUACGAGAGCAGGAAAAGAAGAGGCAUGAGCAGGAGGAGAGGAUGCGGAGGCAGGAGGAGAAAAUGUGGAGCCAGGAGGAGAAGAUACGGGAGCAGGAGGAGAAGAUAUGGGAGCAGGAGCAGAAGAUACGGGAGCAGGAGGAGAAGAUACAGGAGCAGGAGGAGAUGUGGAGGCAGGACGAGAAGAUACAGGAGCAGGAGGAGAAUAUGCACAAUCAGGAGGAGAAGAUACGGGAGCAGGAGGAGAAGAUACACGAGCAGGAGGAGAAUAUACGAGAGCAGGAGAAGAAGAGGCAGGAGCAGGAGGAGAAGAUGCGGAGGCAGGAGGAGAAAAUGUGGAGCCAGGAGGAGAAGAUACGGGAGCAGGAGGAGAAGAUACGGGAGCAGGAGCAGAAGAUAUGGAGGCAGGAGGAGAAGAUAUGGGAGCAGAAGGAGACGAUGCGGGAGCAGGAGAAGAAGCUACGGGAGCAGGAAGAGAAGACGUGGAGGCAGGAGGAGAAGAUACGGGAGCAGGAAAAGAUACAGGAGCAGGAGGAGAAUAUGCACAAUCAGGAGGAGAAGAUACGGGAGCAGGAGGAGAAGAUACACGAGCAGGAGGAGAAUAUACGAGAGCAGGAAAAGAAGAGGCAUGAGCAGGAGGAGAGGAUGCGGAGGCAGGAGGAGAAAAUGUGGAGCCAGGAGGAGAAGAUACAGGAGCAGGAGGAGAAGAUACGGGAGCAGGAGCAGAAGAUACGGGAGCAGGAGGAGAAGAUACAGGAGCAGGAGGAGAUGUGGAGGCAGGACGAGAAGAUACAGGAGCAGGAGGAGAAUAUGCACAAUCAGGAGGAGAAGAUACGGGAGCAGGAGGAGAAGAUACACGAGCAGGAGGAGAAUAUACGAGAGCAGGAGAAGAAGAGGCAGGAGCAGGAGGAGAAGAUGCGGAGGCAGGAAGAGAAAAUGUGGAGCCAGGAGGAGAAGAUACGGGAGCAGGAGCAGAAGAUAUGGAGGCAGGAGGAGAAGAUAUGGGAGCAGAAGGAGACGAUGCGGGAGCAGGAUGAGAUGAUGUGGGAGCAGGAGAAGAAGAUGUGUGAGCAGGAGGAGAAGCUGUUGGAGAAGGAGGAGAAGAUGUGUGAGCAGGAGGAGAAGCUGUGGGAGAAGGAGAAGAAGAUGCGGGAGCAGGAGGAGAAGAUGUGGAGGCAGGAGAAGAAGCUACGGGAGCAGGAAGAGAAGAUAUGGGAGCAGGAAGAGAAGAUGUGGGAGCAGGAAGAGAAGAUGUGUGAGCAGGAGGAGAAGAUGCAGAGGCAGGAGGAGAAGAUGCGGGAGCAGGAAAUGAGGCUGUGGCAGCAGGAGGAGAAGAUGCAGGAGCAGGAGGAGCAUCUGAAAGCUGCCAUCUACCGAGCAGAUGACAAGAAGGCAAAAACAAUCUAAAAGCCGGAAGCAAGGCCUGGAGAGGAGUCGGCCGCCAUUUAGAAUAUAGUCUGAGCACAAACCUGAAAAAAAAAAAAUUAUUUAUUUUAAAUUGUGGCAAAAUACUGGUCAGGCGCGGUGGCUCAUGCCAGUAAUCCCAGCAA